GCUGACGCUUGUGCAGCUGACGUGUAGGCUGGGGAAGGAAGUAAUGUCAGAUAGCUUUGACACUUGGGUUUCAGCUACUUUAAUUGUGUGCACACAUUAAUAGUUCAUAAUGUUAUUAGCUAGGUAGCUAACAAAACUACAACAGAAGAAAAAACGGAGCAAUUCCUACAGUGCAAUCAGAAUUGGAGAGCGAGCUACCAAACGUUGAGUCAUGGGUAGACGGAAGGUACCAGACUUGUACCGAGCCCCCUUCCCCCUCUAUACCGUCAAAGUAGAUCCUACAACGGGGUUGGUAAUCACGGCGGGCGGCGGAGGUGCCUCGAAGACGGGGAUAAAGAACGCUCUGCACUUCCUGGGUUUGGGGAUGUCAGGGGGCCAGUUCACUGCCACGCUGCUCCACACCCACGACACAGAGACUCGGGCAACCAUGAACAUGGCCCUGGGGGGCGACGUCAUCGCUGCGGGGCAGGACGGUAGCUGCUGCCUCAUGCGGUUCAGACGCAAGGAGGAGAAGGAGGGACGCAAGGCUGCAGCCACAGAGGGGGGCAGCAGCGAGCGGGGUGGAACCAGGAGGAGAGCAGGGCGGGGGGCCAGAGAGGGGGCCGCGGGCGGGGACACCAAGGAGGACACGCCCCAGAUCUGCGUGGAGGGGGUGGGAGAGGUGCAGUCUGAUCUCAACCCCCAGGACCCCCUCCAGAAGGUGGUCAGGUUCAGCCCAGACCUCAGUCUGCUGCUGGUCGGGGGCACGGACGGGCACAUACGAGUCUGGGAGUAUCCGUCCCUGAAGGAGAAGUAUGACUUCAAAGCCCACAAGGGGGAGGUAGAAGAUUUGGACAUUAGUGAAGACAACAAGCACCUGGUGACGGUGGGCAGAGACAUGGCCUGCAGCCUGUGGUGUGGGACGCAGCUAAACAUGAGUCUAGACUGGAGCAGAGCUCUGCCACAGGUGGCAGAGAGGACCUACAGAUACCAGGCCUGCAGGUACCCUCAUACAGCCCUACAGAUACCAGGGCUGCAGGUACCCUCAUACAGCCCUACAGAUACCAGGGCUGCACUGCAGGUACCCUCAUACAGCCCUACAGAUACCAGACCUGCUGGUGCCCUCAUACAGCCCUACAGAUACCAGACCUGCAGGUACCCUCAUACAGCCCUACAGAUACCAGACCUGCAGGUACCCUCAUACAGCCCUACAGAUACCAGACCUGCAGGUACCCUCAUACAGCCCUACAGAUACCAGGGCUGCAGGUGCCCUCAUACAGCCCUACAGAUACCAGGGCUGCAGGUACCCUCAUACAGCCCUACAGAUACCAGGGCUGCACUGCAGGUACCCUCAUACAGCCCUACAGAUACCAGACCUGCUGGUGCCCUCAUACAGCCCUACAGAUACCAGGGCUGCACUGCAGGUACCCUCAUACAGCCCUACAGAUACCAGGCCUGUAGGUGCCCUCAUACAGCCCUACAGAUACCAGGGCUGCAGGUACCCUCAUACAGCCCUACAGAUACCAGGGCUGCAGGUACCCUCAUACAGCCCUACAGAUACCAGACCUGCAGGUACCCUCAUACAGCCCUACAGAUACCAGGCCUGCAGGUACCCUCAUACAGCCCUACAGAUACCAGGCCUGCACUGCAGGUACCCUCAUACAGCCCUACAGAUACCAGGGCUGCACUGCAGGUACCCUCAUACAGCCAUACUGAUACCAGGGCUGCAGGUGUCCUCAUACAGCCCUACAGAUACCAGGUCUGCAGGUGUCCUCAUACAGCCCUACAGAUGCCAGGCCUGCAGGUACCCUCAUACAGCCCUACAGAUACCAGGUCUGCAGGUGUCCUCAUACAGCCCUACAGAUACCAGACCUGCAGGUACCCUCAUACAGCCCUACAGAUACCAGGCCUGCAGGUGCCCUCAUACAGCCCUACAGAUACCAGGCCUGCACUGCAGGUACCCUCAUACAGCCCUACAGAUACCAGACCUGCACUGCAGGUACCCUCAUACAGCCCUACAGAUACCAGGCCUGCAGGUUCGGACGGGUGGAAGACCAGGAGGAAGCCCGCAGGCUGUACACCGUCCAGAUCCCUCACAAGCGAGACAGGAAGCCCCCACCGUGCUACCUCACCAAGUGGGAUGCAUCCAACUUCCUGCCCAUGCUAGUGGCCCCCUGCGGCACCGAGGUCAUAUCCUGUCUGGCUGUCAGUGACUCUGGAACAUACUUAGGGCUGGGAACUGUGACAGGAUCCGUGGCUGUCUACAUUGCCUUCUCACUCCAG